UUCACCGCUCAAUCAACUCUCAAAAGAGGAAGUAUCAAGAUUGCUCAUCAUUACCAUCACGAACCAGAUUCAGUCCAAACAACAUGAGCGCAGAAGAGAAUAGCAACGCUGCUUUGACAACAAGUGAAAAAGAGCAAAAGAUCGAAAAGAUUCAAGAAUCUAUCGAAGAAGAGACACCAAAGAUCGACAAAGGUAAAGGCAAGGCAAAAGCAGUUGAACCAACAGAAGAAGAAGAAGGGGAUGACGAUGAGGAAGAUGAAGAUGAUGAGGACGAGGAUGAAGAUGAUAUCGACGAAGACUUAGAUGACCUUUUGGACGAAGUGGACGUUACAGAAAUCAUUCCACCUUCACGUCAAAGGAGCUCGCGUAAUAAAGUGAUUGAUUAUUCAUCAGCAGAAGCAAUGCAAAAGGCUGGAAUCGAUAAUGCGAAAGGUGAUGAAAACCAAAACGCUUCAACAACCAACAGACUGGCAUUCUCAAACGAUCACGAAGACGAAGAGAAUGAUGAAGAUUACAAAGGAGAUGAAACAAUGGAAGAGGAUUAAGCAAAGCCGUUCUCAUACAAUCACACAUACACUUCUUUCCGCACACAGCGAGGCCUAAUGAACAUCUCAAUCACACACACUAUGUACUUUAAUCAUCUAUCGUAUUAACUCCAACAGAAACAUAACCAAAUAUCAUUCAUUACAACCGUU